GAACUUGAACUUCGUGCUGCGCAGAACGGAUGCGCAUAAAGUUCAAUAAACACUUUUUGACUGCGUUUUGCGUGAAAAUAUGGUUGCAGUCGUCACCUGGAUAACUGAGUCCCUUCAGGAGAUUUUACACAUCUCUGGGCUCACCCUUCAGACGUUUCUUGUCUUCUGUGCGGCCUUUCUCCUGGCAAGUCUCGUCUUCAAACGUUCCAAAAACCUGCCUCCUUACCCGGCAGGACGUGUGCCCGUUCUCGGGCACCUCCUCGCCUUGGGCCGAGCGCCUCACCUCAAGCUGGCGGCGUGGAGGCGGCAGUACGGGGACGUCUUCACCGUCAGGAUGGGGAUGGAAGAUGUGGUGGUUCUGAACGGCUACACUGCCGUCAAGGAUGCGCUCGUGGACAGGUCUGAGCUGUUCGCGUCCAGGCCGCAAAACUACCUGUUUGAUGCGACAACUGGUUUCGGAAAAGAAGUAGUCACUGCACGUUGGGGGACCGGGUUCAGACAGAGGAAGAGGUUUGUCACCACCGCUCUGAAGAACCUGGGCAUGAAGGUCGGACAUGGCAGCGUUGAAGAAAAAAUCCGAGAGGAAGCGAACAUUCUCCACAACAGGGUUGCAGUUUACAAUAGACAUCCAUUUGACAUCGCCCAUGAUGUCAAUGUAGCGGUUGCAAACAUCAUCUGCUCCAUGGUGUUCGGGAAGCGCUACGACUACGAGGAUGAAACGUUCCAACAGCUCUUGGAGGCGAUUAUCACCGUAACAUUUGAAAUCGGGUCUGCGCAGAUCAUCAGUGUCUUCCCUUUCUUACGGUUUGUUCCUAUUGUGAACAGAGCCGGCGUCAAUGCCCUUGAAGAAGACCUCAAGGUCCAAAAUGUGUUAAGAGAGGAAAUAUCUCGCCAUCGGGAACACCUGGAUCGCGAGAACCCGCGAGACUUCCUCGACUUCUGCCUACUGGAAGUUGAACAGCAGGGGAAGGUGGAUGGUCUGACGGAGGAGAAUGUCCUGUAUAUGGCCGGUAACCUCUUCUUUGCGGGAACUGAUACAACCACCAACACACUGCUGUGGAGUCUACUCUACAUGACCUUGAACCCCGACAUCCAACACAAGGUACAAGAGGAGCUUGAUGCCGUUGUUGGUGCGAGUCUGCCCGCCCUGUCCCACCGUUCCCAGCUGCCCUACGUGAACGCCUGCCUGCUGGAGGUCAUGAGGAUCCGCAGCCUUCUUCCCGUCGCCAUUCCACACGCCACCACACGGGAGGUGAAGGUGCAGGAAUACGACAUUCCUAAGGGAACUCAGGUGCUGGUGAACCUGCACUCUCUUCACAUGGACCCCGUCUACUGGCCUGAUCCGGACAGGUUUGACCCCGAAAGGUUUCUGGACAAGGAUGGAAACGUCGUGAACAAGCCGGAAUCUUUCCUGCCCUUUUCAGGAGGCCGACGUGUGUGUCCCGGCGAGCAGCUGGCCAGGAUGGAGCUUUUCCUGUUCUUCUCGACCCUGCUGCAGUCCUUCAUCUUCAAGACGCCAGAGGACGCUUCUCCUCCGGACACAGACGGCGUCUUCGGUCUGACGCUGACGCCCCCUCCGUUUCAGCUCUGUGCGAUACCGCGUUAAUAGCCGGAGUUACUUUAUAUGUGAAUGCAAGAUCAUAAAGUUUUAUUUUUCUCGAUGAGACACAUUAGGUCUGCAGGAAUAAACAUGUUUCAAUCCACCGUGAA